ACUGUUUAAUUUUAUGUUUAGUAUAUUAAAAUUAAGAAUACGGGAUCAGUGCAAAAAAUCACUAAAGGUAUACAUUACAAAACAUAAGCUAAACAUCAUUGCGGAAUCAAUAUUUUUAGAAUCAUCAAAAUGGAACAAAAUGUAUUUCUAAAUAAUGAAUUUCUAAAUCAAAAUGAAAAUAUUAUUUUCAGCAAAAAGUUCAAAUUAAAACUUAGUGAAAGCAUAGGAGAAGAUUGGAAAACUCUAGGACAUUGGUUAAAAAUUAAAGAUAACUUUUUAGACAUGAUUGAUCAUGAUUAUACCACUAGUGAAACUAGUGAAAAAGGUUAUUCCGUGUUAAGUAAAUGGAUGCAAAUAAAAAAACGUCCAACACUUGCAAAGUUGAGAACAGCUUUUUAUAAUAUGAAGAGAAGUGAUCUAAUAAGAGAAGCAGACAUUUUAGCAAAUAUGUCAGAGAUAUGCACUAAACUGAAAAAUUAUUAUCAUGCAACUUAUGGAAAAAUUUAUGAAAACCAACCUCAAUUAAAAGCAUCGACAAAUGUUGAUUUCGUUCAGAAGUUUGUUGAUUUAAGCAUUGCCAAUGGAGAGAAUGAUCAAAUGCAAAAUGAUUUUAAUUUUGAACGAAAGGAUUUUUUUCAAAAGCAAAUAAGUUUUACUCCAAUUCCAUAUAGUGAAAUAUUCACAAAAGAAAAAUCUGUAUUAUUAAUAUCUGGAACUGCUGGUAUUGGGAAAACAUGGUUUCUUAGAAAAUGUUUGCUUGAUUGGUCAAAUAAUUUGAUAUGGGAAAAUGUUGAGCUAGUUUUUUACUUGGAAUGUAGAAUGCUAAAUCAGGAUCAGAAUAUUUCAAACAUUAAUGAACUAAUACAUUUUUUCUACAAAGAUAUCAUAAAUUUAAAAGAUGUAAACAUUAAUAGUUUUGAUUUACUGUUUAUAGUUGAUGGAUUAGACGAAUUUAAGUAUUUUAAUGAGUUAAUAAAUCAAAAACUAAAAUGUAAAAAUCCAAUCGUAAACACUUUAACAGGAAUUCAUAAAUUUAAACAUGUAGUUGCUGGUAGAGUUAAUGCGGUUGGUCAAUAUCAAAGUGUAUAUGCAGAGCAUAAUGAUAUUAUGACUAUUCAAAUUAUGGGAUUUAAUGAAAAUGGAAUAAAUACCUAUAUAGAAAGUAACGUUAUAGAAGAAAAAAAACUAAUUGUUAAAACUACUUUACAAGAUUUUCCUAUCGCAAAAGCCAUGGCUUCUGUUCCUUUUUAUUUAUCUUCUAUAUGUAAAAUUGUUAGUGAUUCAGAAAUAAUGUAUACAAAUUCCUUUCUUACUAUGACAGACUUGUAUGCAAAUAUAUUUUUAUACUUUUUACAAAAACACAAUAAUAAUAACAAUAAGUUGAUAAAUGAGAUAAUGGAAGAUCCUUUUAAUAAAAAAUGUAUUUUAAAUAUUUGUAAAAUUGCGUAUGAUAUGUUUGUUAAAAAUAAAGUAAUUAUUUCGAAAAAAGAAAUUCAAACUUUUGUAAAAGACUUUGAUCAUAAUGAUGGUAGUCUUUUUGGAUUAAUUGAAAAGAUUGAAACAAAUGCAGGCUAUCAUUUUCAGUUUUUACAUUUGACAAUAAUGGAGUUUUGUGCCUCUGUAUAUGCAUAUAACUGUUUAAACAGUGAAGUGAUAACGGCCAAUGAAAUGCUAAAAAGUUGUUUACCAAUAAUUUGUGGAUUAACCAAUAUAAGUCAAAAUAGUUUAUUAAAAUUUCUAGUUAACCUAAAUUCUUCGAAUGAAUCGUCUUCUUUUAUUGGUAACUUCUUUUUUAAAAAAAGAGUGAUUGGUUGCUUUGGAGUUAACAAUAUUAUAGAUUUUCUAAGUAAUUGUAAUAAUUAUAAAGAUAAAGAAAGUUUAUUUAUUGAAUGCCUUUAUGAAAGUCAAUCGUCAUUUAAUGACGAAAUAAAAUUAUUCGUUAACAAACAAGAGCGCUUUUGGAGUAUUUCAAUUAAUGAUGGAAAAACACCUUACGAAACUGCAUGUGAUAAUUAUUUCGUAUAUCGUUAUAUAAAAUGUGGAGGAAAGUUAUCAUUUUUAAGUGUUAAUAAAAAAAACCUAAGUGAUGAAGAGAAAGUUCUUUUAGUUCAUUGUUUAAAUAAUGUUCGCAAGGUCUGCAUAAAACUUCCGAUUAAUUUCAAAGAGUGGAAACCGGAAUGUAAGAUUGAGAUGCUGUUAAUAUCAAUCUCAUGUUAUUGUAAAACUAAAAAGGAUUUUAAAGAAAACAUUUUCCCGUGGUUCACUAUUUGUGAAAAGUUACAGCUUCAACUUAACAAUGACAUAAAUUUCAUUGAAGAUGUUUAUAAAUGGAUUUGUUAUUCAAAUAUCAAGGAUUUGAAAAUCUGGUACCGUGAAAAAGUUUUUUGUAACCUCGAUGAAUUAAAAUGCUUUAUAGACUCUCAAAAAAAAUGUUCAAUAUUAUAAAUAUA